GCGCGCCAAUUCUGGCAGUGUAGCUGCGGGAAACUUUCCACGCGCGCGAGCUACGGGGACGAUUUCCGGACGAUUUCUGAUUGAUUUUUUGGCGCUUUUUACCCAAACUUCAGGGGGACGAAAAGCCUCCACCCACCUCCCUUCUCAUGGGACUUUGCGGACAGAGCGCCCCGACCGCCUCGAGCUCUGGAGCAGGGCGCCAUCCAGGAGCCAGGACGGCGUCGGAAACCACAUCAUGGCUGCGGAAGCCCAAGACCCUUCGUUUGGUCCUCGUCAUCUUCCUGGUUCUGCUGCCGGUCCAAGUUGACUCUGCCACCAUCUCCCGGCAGGACGAAAUUCCCCCGCCGCCAGUGGCCUCACAGCAACAGAGGCGCAGCCUCGAGGAGGAGUGUCUAGCAGGAUCUCAUAGAUCAAAACGUACUGGAGACUGUAACCCAUGCACAGAGGGUGUGGAUUACACCAAUGCUUCCAACAGUGAACCUUCUUGCCUCCCAUGUGCAGUUUGUAAAUCAGAUGAAGAAGAGAUGAGUCCCUGCACCACGACCAGCAACACAGUGUGUCAUUGCAAACCAGGAAGUUUCCGGAAUGGCAAUUCCACUGAGAUGUGUCAGAAGUGCAGCACAGGGUGUCCCAGAGGGAAGAUCAUGGUCAAUGAUUGUACGCCCUGGAGUGAUAUCAGCUGCACUGCAUCAGCUGCCAGUUCCACUGGGGAAACCCCAGCGGCGGAGGACACAGUGCCCACCUGCCUGGGGACUCCUGCCUCUCCCCGUUUCGUCCUAACCAUCGAUGAUGAAUGGAUCCUCUUCGUUGCAGGUGUCUUAUUCAUUGUGCUUGCGGCUCUUUGCUUUUCUUAUAGGAAGAAACUCAUUUCUUCAGUGAAAGGCAUCUGCUCAGGUGGUGGAGGGGACCCCGAACGUGUGCGCAGAGUCUUUUUCUGGCGUUCACGUUCUUCACAAGUUAUUGGGGUGGAGGACAAUGCCUGCAACGAGACCCUGACCACCAGAUUCUUGCAGCCCACCCAGGUCUCUGAGCAGGAAAUCCAAGGUCAAGAGCUGGCAGAGCCAACAGGUGUGACUGUACAGUCGCCAGAGGAGCCACAGCGUCUGCUGGAACAGGCAGAGGCUGAAGCGUGUCAGAGGAGGACGCUGCCGGUUCCAGUGAAUGACGCUGACCCCACUGAGAUCAACACCUUGCUGGAUGCCUCGGCAACACUGGAGGAAGGACAUGCAAAGGAAACAAUUCAGGACCACAUGGUGGACUCCGAGAAGCUCUUUUAUGAAGAAGAUGACGCAGGCUUUGCUACGUCUUCCCUGUGAAAGAAUCUCUUCAGGAAACCAGAGCUUCCCUCGUUUACCUUUUCUUCUAGAAGGGGAAGCAGCCUGGAAGAGACAGUCCAGUACUUGAACCAUGCCUCAGCUAACUCUGCGAUCCAAUAUGGUGCAGCUUACCAAAGAUCCUAGAACUUUGUCAACGCACUUGAAGUAAUUUUUAUGAAAUACUGCGUGUCAUAAGGAAACUGGGAAAAUUUGUGUAAGACUCUUGGUGGUAUAGAGUUAUACGAUUGUGUAUUAACGGUGGUUUUCGUCGAAGUGCGGUGGCUCAUGCCUGUAAUCCCACCACUUUGGGAGGCUGAGGUUGGUGGAUCGCUUGAGUUCAGGAGUUUGAGACCAGCCUGGUCAACACAGUGAAACCCUGUCUCAAUUUAAAAAGAAAAAAAGUGGUUUUAGGAUGUCAUUCUUUCCAGUUCUUCAUCAUGAGACAAGUCUUUUUUUCUAUUUCUUAUAUUUCAAGCUCCAUCUCUACUGGUAUGUGCAUUUAAUGACAUCUAACUAUAGAUGCCGCACAGCCACAAUGGCUUACCUUAUAGUUUUUUAACUUUAGAAUGGGAUUAUCUAUCUAGUUAUUAGCUGUAUUUUCAGUUUAGGAUAUUUCUGAGUUAAUGAUGAGAUUAUCAAGACAUAGUCCUAUGCUAAGUCAUGAGCAUAUGGACUUACGAGGGUUCGACUUAGAGUUUCGAGCUUUAAGAUGGGAUUAUUGGGGCUUACCCCCACCUUAGAGAAACAUUUGUAUUGCUUACUACUGUAUGAUGUACAUCUUUCUAUUUUCCGAUUUUUGUGUAAUGAUGUAAGCAUGGACAAACUUUAGAAAAUGCGUUUUAGGUUAUUUACAUGGGUUGCCUGGAUACAAAUCAGCAGUGAAAAAUCACUAGAAAUAUAACUAGUGAUGGAGGGAGAAAUCCUCCCUCCGUGGGAGGCACUGACUGUGUUCCAGUUCUCCCUCCUACGCCCUGACACUGGAUGAGGUUUUGAUGACUGGCAACUUCUCAGGGGGCCAGCCUGUCUUACUUGAUUUUAGACGUAUAUAGCCAUAUUUAUUUAUAAAUAAAUAUUUAUAUUUAUUUAUAAAUCGAUGUUUACAUAUGCGCAGGAUUUUGAAAAGGGUGGUAUCUUUGGGAAGCCAUGUGUCUGGUUUGUCCUGCUGGGACAGUCAUGGAACUGCAUCUUCCUACGUGUCCACAGCAGAUGAGGACAGUGAGAACUAAGUUAGAUCUGAGACUGUGAAGAGCUUCUCUUUCAAGCACCAUUACCGUUGAAUAUUAGUGAAUCUUGGGCCACAUUUGGACUCAGGGCAGAGCAGGUGUUUAUCUUCCCCAGGAUCUGCCAUGGCAUCAGGAGGGAGGAGUGAAUGGUGCUUGGGAAUGAUGUGAAAUAUUUGCUGACUCAGGAGUGGAUCGGCCCCUCUCGCUUCUGGUGGUCUGUGACCCUGAGUCCCUGGGCUGCAUUUUAGGGUAGAGAUUCCCUAUUUGAGUCGCUUGGCUUCUCUGUAAGCAUCUGACUCAUCUCAGAAAUACCAGUUCUUAAACACUACGACAACGGAACCUAAAAUGGGUGACACAUUUGUCCUUGUGUCACGUUCCAUUAUUUCAUUUAAGAAUCUCGAUAAUCAUUGUAGCCUCUUUCCAGCAAACCCUUCUCCAUAGUAGUCAGUCGUGGUAGGAUAAAUUACAGAUGUCGUUAUUCUAGCGGUUUCAGUCUUUUCCAUCUUAAGGUAUUGUACGUUUUGUUCCGGGACUGGUUUGGCUGGGACAAAGUUAGAAUUGCCUGAAGAUCGCACCUUCAGAGUGUUGUGUCCGUGGAGUUUUAGGAGGGGGUGGCCUUUCUGGUCUUCGCACUUCCGUCCUCUCCCACUUCCAUCUGGUGUCCCACGUGUUGUCCCCUGCACUUCUGGAAGGCACAGGGUGCUGCUGCCUCCUGGUCUUUGCCUUUGCUGGGCCUUCGGUGCAGGAGACUUGGCCUCAAAGCUCAGAGGGAGCCAGUCCGGACCCAGCUCCCUUGUCCCUUCCUCAGAGGCCUUCCUUGAAGAUGCAUCUGGACCAUCAGCCUUCUCAGUGUUUAACCUUAUUCCUUUAAAGUAAGCUUCCUGAGAACGUGAAGUUGUUGGGGUUUUUUGGUGUUGGUUGGUUUGUUUAGGUUUUGCUUUAUACCCAGGCCAGAUAGCAUGUAACACCUGGUUAUGUAUGAAAUGCUUACAUGUUUAUGAUCAAAAUAAAUGUGAAACCUCAUAU